AUGGCAAAUUUACCGGAAGAACGGGUAAUACCUACUCGCAUUUUUCAAAGUGUCGGAAUUGAUUAUUGUGGUCCAAUAAUUAUUAAACAAUCAACGUUAAGAAAACCUGUAACCACAAAGGGAUACAUAGCAGUAUUCGUUUGUAUGGCGUCAAAAACAGUACAUCUGGAAUUAGUUUCAGACUUGUCCACUAAUGCAUUUAUGGCAGCACUAACUCGCUUUACAGCCCGUAGAGGUACUCCAUCUUUAAUAUUUAGCGACAAUGGAACUAAUUUCCAAGGUGCUAGUAAUCAAUUAAAUAAAUUGUAUCAGCUACUAAAAGAUAAAAAGCAUUCAAAAGCCUUAGAUGAAUAUAGCACGUCGAAACAAAUAACUUGGAAAUUUAUUCCACCCAACAGUCCUCAUUGGGGAGGGUUGUGGGAGGCAUCGGUUAAAUCAGUCAAGUUUCAUUUAAAUCGAAUCACCCAUAACAGUCAUCUUACUUUUGAACAAUUUUCAACACUUUUAAGUCAGAUUGAAUUAGUUUUAAAUUCUAGACCAUUAUGUGGGUUGUCCAGUGAUCCCAAUGAUUUUUCAUAUUUAUGUCCUAUGCAUUUUAUAACCGGAGAUUAUAAUCAACAAUUACCGGAAGAAGAUUUAAUUAGUAAAAAGUUCAACACAUUGAGGAUCUAUGGUCAAAUCACACAAAUGAAGCAACAUUUUUGGUCAAAAUGGUCUAAGGAUUAUUUAUCUCAAUUGCAAAACAGACCAAAGUGGUCAGAUGUUAAACCAAAUAUUACGAUAGGAGCAUUGGUACUCGUAAGGGAUGAUAACUUACCUCCAGGACAGUGGUCCUUGGGGCGAGUACAAGAAACGUAUCCAGGGCCUGGCGGCUAUGUGCGCGUCGUUCUGAUUAAAACUCAAAGCGGAACGUAUAAGCGACCUAUUACCAAAUUAGCACCCUUACCAGUGUCAACUACUCAAGGAAUAUAA